UACAUAUGUAGCUGAAGAAUCUGAGAUACAAUUACAGUUAAACUUUUAAAAGUGCUUUACAAUGUGCAAUUAAAAUAUAUUAACUUUUUACAAAGAAACAAAUUACUAAAUAUGUUAUAAUAACUGUAUAUAUAAUUAAUGUUUCAGAAAUUGACAACAACUUCAUUGUUGCACAGUCAUUUGUAUUUUUCUUAGCCGGUUAUGAAACUCCCGGAAAUAUUUUGGCGUGCACUUUGUUUGAAGUGGCAAAACAACCUGCAAUCCAAGAAGCCUUGUAUGAAGAGAUAGAGAGCAUACUUAGUAAAUAUGGUGGCGAAGUAACAUUUGAUGCCUUGCAAGACAUGAAAUAUCUUCGGCAAGUUGUCUCAGAGGCCUUAAGAAAAUAUACACCACUCACACUGAUCUUCCGAAGAUGUACCAAGGAUUACAAAAUUCCAGACACCUCUAUAGUGAUAGAGAAGGGAACUCUAGUACUCAUGCCUCUGAGAAGUAUCCACGAGGAUCCUGAUCACUAUCCAAAUCCAGAGGCUUUUGAUCCAGAACGGUUUUCUGAUGAGAAUUCUGCAUCAAGGCACAUAGCUGCUUAUAUGCCUUUUGGGAUUGGUCCACGUUUUUGUCCAGCGGUGUUGUAUUCUCACAUCAACAUUCGAACAGCGCUGGUAUUCUUGCUGAGGCAGUUUGAAAUACGUGUCACCGAGGAGACUCCGGAAUAUCUCCAGCCCAAUCCCCUCGCAUUCCUCAUGUCUCCAAAGAAUGGUAUCCCCUUGGCCUUCAAGAAACGCCACUGA